UUUUGUCUUUUAUCCUUUUUUCGCCUUUCUACAGGCAAGCAUUAUGGAGUGUACAGUUGUGAAGGCUGCAAAGGCUUCUUCAAAAGGACAGUACGGAAAGACCUCACGUAUACCUGUCGAGACGAGCGUAGCUGUAUGGUCGACAAGAGACAGAGAAAUCGAUGCCAAUAUUGUCGCUAUCAGAAGUGCCUAGGCAUGGGCAUGCGCAGAGAAGCUGUACAAGAGGAGCGGCAACGCAAGGACAAGCCCACCGGUGACAGUCAAGUCGAGAGCACGAGUGGGGCUAGUAACGACAUGCCUGUUGAAAAGAUCUUGGAUGCAGAACUAGCGGUGGAACCCAACAAUGGCCCCUAUGUAGAUACCCCGCGUGACCCCGUGACAAACAUUUGCCAAGCUGCCGACAAACAACUCUUUACCCUGGUAGAAUGGGCCAAGCGAAUCCCACACUUUACAGAACUGCCUCUGGAUGAUCAGGUCACGCUCCUUAGAGCAGGUUGGAAUGAGCUGUUGAUAGCAGCCUUCUCACAUCGUUCCAUCCAAGUGAAGGAUGGCAUCCUCCUUGCCACAGGGCUCCAUGUCCAUCGUAACAGCGCCCACAGUGCAGGGGUGGGCACCAUCUUUGACAGGGUGCUCACAGAGCUCGUCGCCAAGAUGAGAGAAAUGAAGAUGGACAAGACAGAACUUGGUUGCCUCAGAGCUAUCGUUCUUUUCAACCCAGAUGCAAAGAACCUGACCUCGGUACAGAAGGUGGAGGAGCUAAGGGAGAAGGUCUACGCUUCUCUUGAGGAAUACUGCCGUAACCAGUACACGGACGAACCCGGCCGCUUUGCCAAGCUGCUCCUUAGACUGCCUGCCCUGCGCUCCAUCGGCUUGAAAUGCCUGGAGCACCUCUUCUUCUUCAAGCUCAUCGGAGACACGCCCAUCGACACGUUCCUCAUGGAGAUGUUGGAAGCACCCAACAACAGUUGAGGGAUUGACUGAAGGUGGUGUCUAAGGACAACCCAGAUCUAGGAGAUCAUGAACUCUUUGAAAACUUCAAUGGACUCUUUAUUGUGAUGGUUUUUAUCCACUUCAGACUCACAUCCUUGUGGACGUUCCCGUGCCGAGUUCGUCCUGUUUUGUCCUCGAGUAAGAUUGCAUUGCAGUCCCUAAUGUAUUAAAAACAUCUGCCAUCCUCGACUGGACCUCAUACUGAACUGAACUGUGUUAAGACCAAGUCAGCAGAGACUAACGAUUUGAGGUCUUUGCUACAGUGUCUGUGAACUUUGUACAGGCAAUCACCAUAUGGAAGCUCUUCUUGGGAUGCAUUCAUCGAUUCAAACUGUAUCUUCAUUGCAUCGCCAUGAUAAUGACAUGUGGUGUUGUAAUGGUGUUUCUGAUGAAAUAAUCUUAUGUGUGAACAUAAAGACCUGAAUAUCAUUUUGGUUGAGAAAGCAGAUUACUGGAAAUCUAAUUUGAGAUUGAUUUUCCAUCCUUUUCUGCGAGUAUGAUAACUUUGCCUCUAUCUUAUAAAAUAGGAAUAGAUUUUAAUAUUAACUGUGAACUAUUAAAUCCUCCUUUUCCUGGAAAUAUUUAUCAAGGUCUACCUAACUGAAGUAGUAGAAAAUGGAUUGGCCCACAUCAGAAUGAAAGUGCUAUCUUAUUUUCUUAAUCAAUGUUGGACUUCAUAAAGGCCCAUUUCUAAAUUGAACAUUUCCUUGAUAAAGCUACUUUUGAACAGAUAUUUUUUUUAUCCUUGGUAUCUGCUUAUAUGAUUCUGCCACCAUAUCCUGGCCAGUUGCCUGGGACAUCUUCUACAAAUAGUCUAAUAGAUCACAAAUUUCAAGCUUUUCUCAUUGGCUGAUAGUGGGGGCUUCUUUUCAGAACUUGCUGCCUACAUCUACUACAUUGGAUAAUCUUUAAUAUUACAAUUAAAUUGGGUUUUCUGGGGCUUUUUUGUUGUUGUAAUCUUCAGGGACUUUUUAGAGCAUCGUCCCAGGCUCCCGUAUAACUUAUUUCCCAAGUAAUUUUAGCAGUUUGGUAAAACAGGCUACAAACCUCAUCCAUUUUGUGAAUUACCUUGACAAGAAUGUGUCUUGAUCAGAGAGAUGCAUGUGGCUCUCUUUCUCCUAUUCCUCUUCUGUCUCUCUAUCUCUCUCUUUCUUCAUCUUAUUCCCUGUUCUAAGAAACUGUAAUAUUCUGCAUCAGUAGUGGGCGCUGUUUGAUUAUUUACAAACCAGUUGAUGGCACGUACAGAUUUAGUUUGCCACCCCCCUCUCUUUACCACUAGAAGAUUUUAAGUAUAGUGUUUGAUAUUGGUAUUCGGGGGGGGGGGUUAGACAAUGACUCAGACUGCUGAACUUAACUCAGAACAGACUUUGGGCUUAGAAAAUGAUACUGUUGCCAUUACUGAUUCUAAUUGUUAUAAAAAGAAAUACUUAAAAUUUAAAAAUAGUUUUUAUGUUUGUUAAGAACCAUUAGGGAAAUCCUUCAUAGGUAUUUUUCAUAAGUCCUUAUUACUCCAUAUUUUUAGGUGAUUUAGGAUGUUAGUAUUUAUUUUUUUAAAUAGUAAUGAUAUGAUGGAAUGGUGAAGUAGAUUGUGAGAAAAUCUACAUUUUCUUUUAAAAGGAUUAUUCCUCGUCAGAAAAUGGGUGAAAUUUAAUCUUAAGACCGAUAGCGGCGGGGAGAAUUUUGUUAUGGUAAUUUCAGAAAGAAAUUAGAUUGUGCAAUAUACAAUGAAUCAUUCAGUUAUGAAUUACGUGAACCAAGAGGCUUAAAUAGAGAGAAUAAAGCGAAAAAUUGAAUGAAGUGAGUAAUGUAAAACUUGUAAGUUGACAAUAUUUCACUAUUGAAACAGGGUGUAUUUCAUGAAUACAUUUUCCAGCCUUUUGUUUUUCUUUCUUAUGCGUGUAUGUUGGCUUUGCUUAUGCAGCGUUAUCAUCAUACACAAUAUGAAGAAUUGACUAAAUGUUUUAGUAAGUUUAAUUUCCUGUCAUAGAUUUUUGGUGAUGGUAAGAUGAAAUGUUUUAGUUGUUAAUUACAGGGAUAAUUAAUUAAUCUUUCUGGCUGAUACUCCCACCCCACCCCCCCCCCCUCUCGCGGUCUGUCUUUCUAUUCUACCUGUGUUUAUCUCUUUGUGCCUUUCUCUUUCCUGACUAUCUAAAAAGUCUGUUUCAUUGAUCUGUUGUAUUUUACUCUACCCUUUUCUUGACCUUCUCUUUUCCUUCACAAAUCCCUUCAUAAGACGGUCCCAUGUUUCUUCCUACGUUCAAGUGAAUUGAAAACAAAAAAACUAGCAAUUAAACAUACAAACUUCAAAAGUAAUUCAUAUGAAAUCCGAGUCGCCCAUAACCUUUGUAAGCCAAAAGAAGUAUUUUGACCUGUCAGUGAAUGGUACAUUAAAAGAAAACUUUUUAAAUAAUAGUAGAUGCAUGCAAGAAGUCUCCUGGCCGAUAUGUUUACAUGUUUAUAAUGUGUGGCAGUGUGAAGUGGGUUCACGUUUCCCUAACGUUGCCUCGAAAGUUCACCACAACGCCAUCACAUAUGAACGGAAGGAAGCUUGAAAGCUUUUGCGUACUAAAUUUGAAUUCUCGCAUGAAAUGAUAUGAAAACCAUUACUUUAUAUUU